AUGCAUAUUAAUGAUUCAAGAGUGACAAUUCCAUCUUUCAAUGAGAGUCAAAUACAGUUGUCAAUCACUGCAGCUUCCCUAAAGGAUGGGGGAAAUUACAUCUGUAAAGUCACGAAUAUUUUAAACAGCACUCAGGAUACGACAAUGAUCAUAGUUAAAGGUAAAUGAUAACCAGUUGAACUAGCCAAUUGGUGGAGAAUAUUUUCUUCAGCAACGUUUAUUAAUCACUCAUUGGUUUGAGUCGCUAUAUCAAAUUUGAAACCAUAAGGUAAAAAUACGAUUUUACCCCUCCAGCUGACGAGAACGUUUUCUCCCGUACCACAUUUACAACAAGAUAGUCCUUGAAAACUGCUCAUGAGUUACUGUCACCUUCCAAACCAAUUAUUUCAUAGUCGCUAGCAAGUAAAUUUUGCCGAAGUUUGAGUUCAUCUCACGAUAGAACGACACAAAUACACAAGGACAUUUUUACAGUAACUUUAUAACCAUCCUUUUGUCUUUUAAAAGCUAGAAGCUCAGUAGAUUCUGUCGUAUCGGUCAUUGUUAAAACUGUCUUUGUUUUGAUGCUACUUUUCGACAUAGAAAAAGUAUGUCAGACAAAAAUAUUCACCAAAAAAUAAAUAUUUCUUUGGCAGCUUCAAUAAUGACAGGGGAUUAAGUUUAGAUGAUAAAUCAAAGGGUUAUGUUAACAGAAAUAUCAGAGGUCAAGUAAAUUCGUUACAUGAGGUCACACAACUCGGGUAAUAUUCACGAUGAAAAUUUGCAUAUUUGAGCGGUCGAACGAAAAAAAAUCAUUUCUCGAAAACUGAAAUAUAUUUUCACCAAAAAACUACAUCACAAUUAUAAGAACAUAUUGGGCUACAAAAUACGAAAGUAGGGAAGAAAAUGAAUUUUGGGCGACUUGCCACAAUAAUUCAAAUUUGUUCGAUGGAUGCUGACAUCCUCUCUUAAAUACGUUUGGAAAGCAAUUACUAUUUAAUGAACAUGAAAAUUUGUAUUAUUUUCUAAAACAAUUUUUUUUAAUGAUAAUACUGUAAAUAUCCACAGAUAAACCUGAGAUCGCGACGCAUCCUCAAAAUAUCACAACUAGAGAAGGUCAAAACGUGACUAUAUAUUGUAACGCUACUGGAAAUCCAACUCCAACAAUAUCAUGGUACAAGAAUGGAUAUCCUAUAAAUAACAGCUUCAGCACCAUUUUGUCACCAAGCCAUGAACAGUUGACAAUAAGGAAUGUGAACAGAAUAGACAGUGGCGAUUACAUAUGUCAAGCGAAAAACAGAGUUGGAACGGAUACUUCUAACGCUUCCACGAUUAAUGUUCAGUGUAAGUGACUUAAAUUAGUCAUUGUACAUGAAUAAGCACUAGCAGUCCUUUUGACGUGCCAUUAAUCCAUCCGAAAUGUCGAGAAUUUACUUGGCUCCCUUAAGCUCGGCCGAACAAUUCAUUCUGAUUUAGCAAGCUCUUUCAGCCAAUCAGAAUGCUUGUCCCAUAGAUACCUCAUUAUAAUUUCUUUUGCAGCUCUAGCAACAAUUAUUUUUUUUUAUCGGCCGUUCUGUCUUCUUCCUUUUGGAUCAAACUAUGCUUUCUUAGUAUGGACGAUCUUCUUGCCGGAAUUUUUACUAUCAGAGGGCGUCUUUUUCACUGGUUCUUCCUCCUAUCACUGUUAGUGUUUUAUUCAUCUGCUCAAGGAGGUAAAAGACAUUUUUCAUUAUUCGAAGACAGAAUUUUAAAAGAUUUGGAAGCGGAAAUCAACCUCGUUGACUUCCAUAUAUGAGGUAUAGGCCCUGGCCGCGCAUUGAUUUCAUCAGUUUAAAUAUCUGGAAAUUCACAAUGCAAAUAGAUUGAAUGCUCUCGAGUGUGAGUUAAGGACCUUGUUAAGCUAAAUUUGUUGAGAUUCACUGUUUCAGUCCAUUACCUUAAGCAAGAUAUUUCGAUAUUGUAAUUUAAUUAAAAUGUUUAAUUUUUCUUGUGUAAUUGCCUCGAUUAAACCUGCUAACCCGCUUAAAUACAUAAAAGAUUGAUCGAAUUCAUUGCUUUUAAUUUCUUACCAAGGUAAGCUUAGUUUAUUUUCCCUAGAUGUGCUUCGAUAAUUACAAAUUUUACACUCGCUUUUCAUUUAAAAUACUCAUUUUGACCCGAAAGAAUUCCGAUGGUUUUCUAACUAACUACUGAUAUACUUACUCUUAGUCUAGUUCAUGUUUUACGAGGAGAUUUUGUCUCAAUGGGAAGUGAUUGGUUCCUGUACUGUGAAAAUGUUAGUUGCCAUCGGACGUAAAUUUUUUUAAAAUUUGACUUUUAGUGGCUGGGUUGUUUGUGAAUGAUAUCACAACAUACAUUAUAAAUUGCAACUGUUUCUUGUACCCAGUACAAUUUGUGUUUAGUUGAGCAUGUUACUAUCUGACGUUAUGCAGCCUUUCUCCAUAAAGAGCUUCCUUUUCUAGCACCACUUUAUUUCCUUGAAACGAAAAAUUGAGCAAUGAUCAGUCAGUUGUCUGACUGUGAAGCAAAGAUACGCUGAAAAGGCAAACCGCGAGCCAAUUGGUCACAUAACGUAAUUUGUUGACAUGUCAUAUUUAUUCUUUCGUGAUAGUCCUUUCAAAGUAAAAUUUUUUCCAAAUUGCAGUUCGAGCUGAGAUCGUCUCUCAUCCUCAAGUGAAUGUCACAAAAGAAGAGGGAAGUAAUUUGACUUUAUUUUGUAAUGCCACUGGAAACCCAGCAGCGAUAAUAUUAUGGACCAAAGAUGGAUCUCCCACAAACAACAAUUCCAGAAUCAGGUUUUCAAAACAUAACAGGCUGUUGACCAUAUCAAAUGUGAACAGAACAGACAGCGGCCACUACCGUUGUGUAGCGAACAACAGCUUGGGAAAUGAUACCUCAAACGUUUCUACUGUUAACAUUCAAUGUAAGUUCUCAUCUCACUACUGUACUGGUAUGAAUACUUUACUUUCUCUUACCAGGGUAUGAAUAGCGUUUUGACACUCGGCGUCGGCUGUCAGCAGAUUUCAUGCUUCUUUCUCCAAUUCACCCUUUUUUUUUGUUUCCGCUAUAGUCAACUUUUGUUAUAAUUAUUGUUUAAUAAACAUGGCCUUUGAAGAACAUUUGCUCCUACUCUCUGCAGGAAAAUUUCAUCCUAUACUUUUUUUAUAACAGAAAACGGAUGUACAGUCAUGUAUGCAUUUUUAUGCAGACGUUUUGUUUAUCUGUUAUUUGCCCUUUGCUAACAAGAUUGAUUUCAAAAUUGCAGAUAAACCUGGGAUUACUUCUCAUCCUAAAGGUGUGGAUAUAAAAGAAGGAGGAAACGUGACCUUUUCUUGUAAUUCUACUGCAAAUCCAUUACCGACAACAUCAUGGACUAAAGAUAAAUCGCCUAUAACUAACGAUUCGAGGAUCAGUUAUUCAGUUGUCAAUAAAGUUUUGACGAUAAUGAAUGUGAACAGAAAUGACAGUGGAAAAUACAGAUGUGUGGCGAGCAACAAACUUGGAAACGACACAUCAAAAGCUGCUAAUUUAAAUGUGAAAUGUGAGUUCAUUGGAUUGUCCUUUAAGAUAUCGAUUAGAAACAGAACAGAGCAUUUUAAUACGCAAAGUCUCUUUCGCAGUAAACACCUUUAAGUAACGUCUACGGGGAAAUCGAUAUUUUAAAAUCUUCUUUUUUGAGUCCUCGAAAACGAUUACGAAAUGCUCGUAAGAAGUAAUUAAUAAUUUGGUCGGAGAACAAACUCUCCCAUGAAUGGCCGUAAUAAGGUGGUCGGGAAUAUGCUUUUACCCUUUAACUCCCAUGAGUGACCUAGAGAGAAUUUCUUCUUACUGUGUCAAUGCAAUAUUAAGCAGACAAGUAAUGAGAAUAAAGAAAAAUAGCGAUCAGGGAAUAACUAUUUGAUAAAAUACUAAAUUCUCAUAACUAACAUUAUAAGAAUUUCACGGUUGGCAUUGAGGAGAAUUACAAAUUUGAUCUGGGAGUUAGAGGGUUAAAAAAUUUGGAAGUGAGCACAUCUUACAUGACAGCUAUUAGAAAUAUCUACCAAAUAAAGAGAUUUAUCCAUGUAAAACACGUUUGAUAACUUCAUUAUACCUCGAUCAUCUUGCUAAAAACUGUUCUGAACACUUGUUCAAGAUAUACGCAAAAAUUUUUGUUCAAGAAUUUGACCACAACUUGUUGUAUAGUAACAUAAUCGUGAAAACAAUUUCUACCCAUAGCCUUACUAAGAGAGUUUAUUUGUGCAUUUCAGAUCGCCCUGAGAUAACAAAACAUCCGCAGAAUGUUACGGUAACAGAAAGAAAUAAUGUGACCUUAACUUGUAAUGCUAUCGGAAAUCCAGAGCCACAGUUUUCAUGGUAUAAAGUUGAAAAUACUGUGAAAAGCAACAACAGGAUUAAUGUGUCAGCAGAAAACUCGCACCUGACGAUAACAGAUGUGAACAGAGAAGACAGCGGAGGAUACCUGUGUGUCGCCCAUAAUGAAGUUGGAAACGAUACCUCGAUAAUUGUCAUAUUAGAUGUGCAAUGUAAGUAAAACACUAUUAAUACAAUUAUGUACUGUUAACAGACGCGAGACAAGGCCUACAGCGAAGUGCGCUUUCAGGUUAUUUCAUAAGUUCGUGCCCUUUUUGAACUUUUCGAACUGUCUGUUUUAUAAGCCUUGCAAGUCACGACCCAUGUUUACAUUUUUUCUAUGGAGAUUUUCAGUAUCCUGCAUGUCCCCCUUUGCUGCUGAAGCUACGUUUCAGCUUUGCCAUUUUUUUGAAAUAUUACAAGCAUAUAUACUGUUCGCUUCAAAACAAGUCAGAGAUUACCAAAAGGGAUUUUUCCUAAGUAAUGAUUUAUUUGUAUUCUUACGUUCAUUACACUUCAGUUUUCGCUAUCUUAAAUAGAGACCGAACGAUAAUCGAAUUGUAAGCCCCGGAUUACGCACGGAAACGUUUCUCUUUAUUCAGAUGAGUCAUCUGUCUCGCUGAAUUGUUUAAUUCCACAGAGCAUAGUCUAGUUAACAUCCAUUCACACCAGCAAAACAUAUUUAAGUAAACUGAGCUCAAGUGAAUGAAAGUAUGACACAGAAUGCUAAAAUAAAAUCACUUUCCUAUUAUGCAAAUUUGUAAAGUACAUAAACGAUGGUACGAAUAUUACUAACAAUAAAAUCCUCUGAUGAGUGAGCAGUCACGAAACAGGCUUGUAGGGAUGAGAGUAUAGUCUCUCUGUUCUUUCCCCUAUCGCAACACUUAUAUAUAAAUUAAUUAUAAGCAAUACAUUAAACAGCGAACAAGUUGUGAACUGUUUGAUACAUUUGGAAAAAAAAUGGCUAUAACUCGAAAUUGAUAUAUAUAAUUAUUUUUUUUUUGUAAUCAAGCUUUCACAAAUACUGUAUUUAUUCACAGAUAAACCUGAGAUCGCGACGCAUCCUCACAAUAUCAGAACAAGAGAAGGUCAAAACGUGACUUUAUAUUGUAACGCUACUGGAAAUCCAGCUCUGACAAUAUCAUGGUACAAGAAUGAAUAUCCUAUAAGUAACGACUCCAGGAUCAUUUUGUCUCCAGGCCACGAACAAUUGACUAUAAGGAGUGUGAACAGAAAAGAUAGUGGCAAUUACACAUGUCGAGCGAAUAACUCAGUUGGAACGGAUACUUCUGACGCUUCCACGAUUAAUGUUCAGUGUAAGUAAUUUAAAUUAGCCAUUGUACAUGAAUAAGCACUAGUAGGCCUUUGGAUGUGCCAGAAAUCCAUCAUGGAAUGUCGAAUAUUUACUUGGUUCCCUCAAGUUCGGCAGAAAAUCUACUCUGAUUAAGCACGCUGUUUCAGCCAAUCAGAAUACGUGUCAUAUGGAUACCUCAUUGUAAUUGCUUUUGCAGCUUAAGCAGUAAUUAUUUUUUCAUUGGCAGUUCUUUCUUCUUUCUUUGGAUCAACCUAUGCUUUUUUAGUACGGACGAUCUUCGUGCCUGAAUUUUUACCUUCAGAGGGCGUCUUUUUCGCUGAUUCUUCGUCCUGUUACUGUUAGCAUUUUAUUCAUCUACUCAAGGAGGUAAAAGGCAUUUUCCAUUAUUCGAAGACAGAAUUUUAACAGAUUUGGGAGUGGAAAUCAACCUCGUUGACUUCCACAUAAGAGGUAUAGGCCCUGGCUGCGCAUCGAUUGUAUCAGUUUAAAUCUCCGGAUAUUCAUAAUGUAAGCGGAUUGAAUUCUCUGUAGUGCGAGAAAAGGAUCUUGUUAACCUGAAUUUGUUGAGAUUCACUGUUUCAGUCCAUAAACUUAAGCAAAAUGUUUUGAUAUUGUAAUUCGAAUGUUUCAUUUUACUCGUGUGAUUAUCUCGAUUAAAUCUGCUAACCCGCUUAAAUACAGUAAAUUUGAUCGAAUUCAUUGCUUUUAAUUUCUUACCAAGGUAAACUUAGUUUAGAUUACCAACAUAUACUUCGAGAAUUAUACAUUUUAUCCUCGCAUUUCAUUCAAAAUACUCAUUUUGACCCAAAGAAUUCCGAUGAUUUUCAAGCUAAUUACUGACAUGCUUACUCUUGGUCUAGUUCAUGUUUUGCGAGGAGAUAAUUGCCUCGAUGGGAAGUGACUGGUUUCUGUAUUUUGAAAAUGCUAGUUGCUAUCGUACGUUAGUGUAUAUAGUGGUUUGUUUGUAAGCGAUAUGGUAACAUAUACUAAAUUGGAACCGUUUCUUGUACGUAGUACAACUAUUGUAAGGUUAAGCAUGUUAUUAUCUGACGUUAUGCAGGCUUUCUUCAUAAAGAGCUUCUUUUUGUAGCAUCACUUUAUGUCCUUUCACCGAAAUAUUGAGGAAUGAUCAGUCAGUUGUCUGACUGUGGAGCAAAGAUACGCUGAAAAAGGAAACCGCGAGCCAAGCGGUCGCAUAACGAAAUUUGUUAUCAUGUUAUAUUUAUGCUUUCGUGUUAGUCCUUUGCAAUGUAAAUUGUUUUGAAAUUGCAGUUCGAGCUGAAAUUGUCUAUCAUCCUCAAACGAAUGUGAUCAAAGAAGAGGGGAGUAAUUUCACUUUGUUUUGUAAUGCCACUGGAAACCCAAUACCGAUAAUAUUAUGGACCAAAGAUGGAUCUCCCAUAAACAACAAUUCCAGGAUCAGGUUUUCAAUACAUAACAAGCUGUUGACCAUAUCAAAUGUGAACAGAACAGACAGCGGCCACUACCGAUGUGUAGCGAACAACAGCUUGGGAAAUGAUACCUCAAACGUUUCUACUAUUGACAUCCAAUGUAAGUUCCCAUCUCACUACUGUACUGGUAAGAAUAUUCUACUUUCUUACUAAGGUAUGAGUAGCGCUUUGAUAAUCAGCGUCGACUGACAGCAGCUUUCACGUUUUUUUCUCUAAUUCACCCUUUAUUUUUGUUUCCGCUGUACUCAACUUUUGAUACUAUUAUUGUCUGAUAAACAUGGCCUUUGAAUACAUUUGCUCCCACUCUAUGCAGUACACCUUUCAUUAUAUGAUUUUUUUAUAGCAGAAAAAAGAAUGUACUGUCAUGUAUGCAUCUCCAUGCAGACGUUUUGUUUAUCAGUUAUUUGCCCUUUGCUAACAAGAUCAAUUUCAAAAUUGCAGAUAAACCUGAGAUUACUAUUCGUCCUAAAAGCAGGGAUAUAGAAGAAGGAGGAAACGUGACAUUUUCUUGUAAUUCUACUGCAAAUCCAUUACCGACAACUUCAUGGACUAAAGAUGAGUCGCCUAUAACUAGCAAUUCGAGGAUCAGUUAUUCAGAUGUAAAUAAAGUUUUGACGAUAACGAAUGUCAACAGAAAUGACAGUGGAGAAUACAGAUGUGUGGCGAGCAACAAACUUGGAAACGAUACAUCAAAAGCUGCUAAAUUAAAUGUGAAAUGUGAGUUCAUCGGAUUGUCUUUUAAGAUAUCGAUUCUCUUCCAAAGACCAAUCUUUAAUGUAUUCUCCUGUUUCUUUAUAAUCAGCGUGCUCGGGUUUGCUUUAAAGUGGGAAUUUGUUUCAUUGGAAAAGGGGAAUACCUUUCAGAAUAAUUAACCGAGUACCAUUUGUAUAGAGAUACUGAGUGAAUGAGGAACUAAGAUAAAAUUCAUAUCCGUUUAUCUAUUUCGUUUCAGAUGAACCGGAAAUUAUCACUGAUCCCUCUGAUGACACGGUGAAGGAAGGACAAAACACCACCCUUUAUUGUAACGCGACUGGAAAUCCAUUACCAGCAAUAUCAUGGAAAAAAGAUGAACAUUCUAUUGGCAAUAAUUCCAGGAUCAGUUAUUCAGCAGAGAGCAACGAGUUGAGGAUAAUAAAUGUGAACAGAACAGACAGAGGAAAAUACCAUUGUGUGGCUAACAAUAGCAUUGGUAAUGCCAGCUCACACGCUGCUACAUUAGCUGUAGAAUGUAAGUAUUAACUAUAAUAGUAAUAACAAUAAUAAUAAUAAUAACGAUUUUUAAUGAAGGAACCCAACUCGCCAGGGCGGUUUUCAGUGGGGCCCAGUAAACUGUUCAUUGAAUUCUUGUAACUUAUUCGGUAGAAAGUGAACUCGAGAGUCUGGAAAAACAGUCAUUUUGUUCUUGCAGGUCAUUUCAAUUGGUUCAGCCAUGUCUGCUGUAAACAUGAACGACCACUGAAUUGUCGAUUUCAAAAAGAUAUUGGCGCUUAUAGCUAGUGUUGCUAAUGUUCAUUGCAACUGUUUUACAAUCGUAGAUAAAAGUGAGAUUACCACUCAUCCUAGUAAUGUGACAAAAACAGAAGGCGAAAACGUUACGUUACACUGUAAUGCUACUGGAUAUCCGCUCCCUACUCUAUCGUGGACCAAAGAUGGGUCUGACAUAAGUAACAAUUCCAGGAUCAGCUUUUCAGCAGACAAAAAGCAGUUGGCAAUCACCAAAGCGAACCGAGUAGACAGAGGAGCAUACCGAUGUGUGGCGAACAACAGCCUCGGAAAUGAUACGUCUAUGGCUGCUGUUGUAGAUGUCCAGUGUAAGUCAACAACGAGUUAUUUGGAUCAUUAACAAGGGCUCGAUAGUCCUAAAAAAAGGCCGUAAUGUUUUGGUUCGAAAAAGAUUAACGGUUAGUUAAACAGCGGCUUUUAAGCUUCCCAGUUUAGAUAAAUUCAAGGUCGCCAGUUUUGUACUGUGGCUCUUAAGGACACUUUCUUGGGUUGCGAAUUACGUCAAGCGGCAAACAUGUCUGCUGCAGAUGUGUAGCUGAAAACAGCAAGAAUAUAGCAUAUUCAUCUGCAGCUACCCUCACAGUGCAGUGUGAGAAUAUUCGCUAGAAAUGUUUUCAGAUAUUACCCAGUGUAGUUUCAAAUGCCCUGUAUUGCUGUGACAUGCAAUAUUUUAUUAAAUUGCUUUGUUGCGUUCAUAAGCUGUAUGCCGUAGUAUGAUAUGAGAGGAAACGUUGCCAAAGGAAAAAAAGACAACAUUUAAUAAUGCUAAUUGCCCUCUAUAACCUGUCCUUAGCUUUUCGGUGGAGACUUUUAGAAAUCGUUGACGGUAAUUCUAAUUUCUUGUUCUUUUUUGUUUCUUUUUUUGUUUGUUUGUUUGUUUGUUUUUUUCCUGCAGAUGUACCAGACCCACCAAAGGAUGUCAAAGUGAUCUCGAGAGCUUCACGGGAAGUGAAUGUCUCCUGGACGGCUGGUUCUAAUGGAAACAGCGCCAUUCAGAACUACACAGUGGAAAUCAAAGAAGAUAAGCAGACUUUCAGAUAUGCCAUAUGUCAAGGAACACUCUUAAAGAAUAAUUGUGUGAUUUACUCCACAAGAGUUUCUAUCAAAGAGCUGCUUCCUUGGACAACAUAUUACCUCAGGGUGUCUGCCAGGAACAUGAUUGGUUCUAGUCACUACAGCUCUGUAAUAAAUGUUACCACCGAAGAAGAAGGUGCUCUUUUUCUAACAUUUUAA